CCCAACUCCUCAAAGCUGCCGCCAGCUGACAGGGCUGGGCCAAGGCUGUGCCGCCCCUGCGGGAGCAGCAUAAAAGCCGGCCCAGCGCCUCUCUCCCUGCCACGCUUCUCCUCAAGCCUUCUCCUGCCUUCUCUGCCCACAACCAGGUGAGCCUCCAGCCCCUCACAACCCCCUCCUGCUCCUGCCACACCGCCCCCCUGGCCCCUCUCGGCCAGCACGCUCGGACCCAGCCUCAGCAGCCCUCACGCCUCCCCACAGCCCCACACCAGCCUCCCCACUGACCAGCCCUCCUGCAACACCGCCCCGAGCACCCCCACCGCCCGCACCUGCCUCACACCCCUCUCUGCUCUCACCUUCUCUCACCUUCUCUUGCCUGCCCUCCCAGGGCCCCUCCACACCACACCCAUGGCCUGCUACGACCUCUGCCGCCCCUGCGGACCCACCCCGCUGGCCAACAGCUGCAACGAGCCCUGUGUCAGGCAGUGCCAGGACUCCACCGUCCUCAUCCAGCCCUCCCCCGUCCGCGUCACCUUCCCAGGGCCCAUCAUGACCUCCUUCCCCCAGAGCUCCUUCGUUGGAUCCACCGCAGGGGCUGCCCUGGGCACGGAGCUCAAUGUCCAGGGACAGCCCAUCUCCGGCGGCUUUGGCUACGGCCUGGGCUAUGGCCGUGGCUUUGGCUACGGCCUGGGAGGCCUGGGCUGCUACGCCAACAGGGGCUGCUACGGCAUCUGCUGAGGUCCCAAACAACUGCCCCAACACCAACCACGCAGGACCUGCAAGUCACCAAAUGGAACAUGGAUUCAUCUCCACCCCAAGGCUCUCCAAUGGGCUCAGCACUUCCAGCUCCUGUUCUCAGGGCUCCAAGCAAGGAAGCAGCCAAGGGGCCAGCCCGCACUGCCUGCAAACAUGGCCCAGCUCCCUCCUCCUCUUCUCCCCCUUCCUUCUCUCCAGCACCCCUUCAGCUCUGGUCAGUCCCCUCUGCUGCAAACACCUUCUCACAAGCCACACACCAUUGGCUACCUCUGCUGGGCUGCUCCCAACAAGGGGAGCAGCAAGAUCUCAGGGCUCUGGACAAAUCUUCUGCAAGGGAAGGACCUCAUCUGAUGAUCGCUCUGCUUGCACCUCAGACCGGAUCCCUUCCCUGGCUGCUUCUGCCUUUUUACUCUUUAGUCUCAAUAAAGUUCUCCUGCAUCACAGCC